AUGGGCCUCUUUAGUUUCAUCUCUUUUUCCCAUGUACUUUCCAACGAUGACUGCUACGUGGCUAUCUGUGCCCCAUUACACUAUACCAUGAUCAUGACCCAAAAUGUCUGUGCCCAUCUAGUAGCAGUGUGCUGGUUUGGGGCCUGUACUGAUGCCCUGAUUCACACUGUCUCCCUGACCCAAUUGUCACUCUGUGGCCACAAUGAAAUCCCUCAUUUCUUCUGUGAUCUCAGUGUGGUGAUAAGGUUGGCCUGCUCAGAUACUUUCCUUAAUGACAUGAUGGUCUACACAGUAGGAGGACUGACAGCCAUCAUGUUCUUCAUUGGCAUCCUCAUCUCCUACAUACGCAUUUUCACUGCCGUCCUGAAGAUCCCAUCGGCUCAUGGGAAACAGAAAGCUUUCAACACGUGUGGCUCCCACCUUACUGUAGUCUGUCUCUUCUAUGUAACAAUCAUUGGAGUAUAUUUCAACCCUACAUCCACCCAUACAGCCCAAAAGGACACAGCUUCAGCUGUGAUGUACACUGUGGUCACAUCCAUGCUGAAUCCUUUCAUCUAUAGCCUAAGAAACAAAGAUGUGAAGGAGCCCUGAGAAUGCUCAUCACCAGGAAGUCAGGCCUCUGUCUAUGACUGUAGACAUCCUCCUGGGCCUGAGUGCCUGUGUCUCCAAGAAUAAUCCAAUGAUUUAAUAAAUUUUCA